AUGGCUGCAGAGGCUGGGCCCGACCAAGCAGAAAGUCCUAUAUUAGAGAUUCCCAAGCAAGAUUUUUUUCAAGAAGCAAAAACUCUCAUUGCCCAACACUAUAAGAAAAUAAAUGAGAAUAAAGUUCCAGGUACUUCUAUAAAUGUCUUUAGAAAUAAACAUCAGAAACCGAAAUGUAGGAAAUUCAUACCUUUGGAGAUCAAAAAACAGGAAACACUUGAUACGGUCCGAGAACUUCAGGCAGCAUACAAAAUGAUUUGUUUUCUCAAAGACUGUUCCAAAAGUGGACAUUCUGAGGAGGCUCCAUCACGAACUUCUUUCAAGGAGCCACACAUUUUCAAUGUAAAAAAAAAAUACAAGGGGUCUAUAGAUCUAAUUGUGAAAGAACAAGUUAACCUGGGUAAAAUAGUGACUAAUAUUGAUUCAGUGAGUAAAAAAAUGGAGAAAGAGAAGCAACAGCACCAUGCGAAGACCAGAUCCCGAAUGCUGCAACUAAGAGCCCGAUACCAAAUCCAUAUGUAUCCAGUAAUUACUGGCUCCAGUAAUUAUGAACUCAUGAGGGAAGAUGACAGAGCGUUCUAUGAUUGGAGAGGAGUAGUGUCUAAAAGGUUUUCCUGUUUGACUCAUGACUCCAGUUGGCCUAGUUUCUCUGGAUCAUCGUCAGUAUUUCAGGAUUAUUGUAGUAAAAUAUUUAAAAGUUUUAUCAAAAAAGAACAACAGUCUGUCAAGCCAGAAUCAAAGCCACAACCCAGCCCAAAAUCUAUUCUAAAUAAAAGUGAUAAACUUGACAAUAAAGUUAAAAGAAUUGGACCACAAAUGGAAAACUUCCAAGUGUUCCGGCGAAGGAAAAAAUUCGCAAUUACCAAAAACAUUGUUAGAAUGGUCAUCGUCAUGCAGGCACUUGUCAGAGGGUGGCUCGAACGCAAAAGAUUCCAAAGAAUAAUGAUCAAGGCUUUGUAUCAUGGACCAGAUUUGAGAACAGUUAUAAACAUGUAUUGCAGACUAAUCCAUCGUGUUAAAUAUCGACUUGGUCUUUGGAGGACGAGACAAAUUAUAAACCUUACAGAGCUAGAGGAAUGGAUGGACAGAAAAAAAUUCUAUGAAACAGUGUUUGCUAGAAGAGAAGAUUGGCAAGGAUUAGAAAGAAGUGAGCUCCUUAAGUACUUCAAUGACUGUGGUCAUUUCCCAAUGCACCAGCAAAUUGAUGAGGUUUGGGACCUGGUCCAUAGAGAACACCAUGCAAAAUACUCUGAUAUCAUCAAGAAGUCCAAUGCAAUUGAAAUGUUAUUUACACUCUACCCUCCUCAAGGUGCCCAUGUGCGUACUAAUAUGAGGCUUAGGUCAACUUGGCUAAGACCCAUAGUAAAUGGGGAAGAAGGAUAUAAAUAUAUAGUCAGUGGACAUCCAAUACUCAAAAGAGCUAACAUCCAGAUUGUUGGGAACCUGGUGGCCGGAUCUAUGAGAGAAAGGAAAAUGAGACAACAGUAUUCAUCAUGA